GACAUCGACUGCAGCCGUAAGCGUACUAACGGUAACGGCUUAGAUCACCUUUUGCCUUAUUCAGGUUUUACUAACAAUGAGACCUUGACAGUUGACUCGCACCUGUGAACACUUUGAUGUCUAAUUAUUUUUAUAUCGUUGUUUAUUUAUUAUCGUGAGGAGUCCCAUUUUAAAUAUUAAUACGUUAUGUACAUAUGUUUUUGUUUUUGUUACUCUUGCUGUCGACACGAAACACGCAAUGCUGUUUCGCAUGAAAGCGAUCGCGGUGAAAGUGUUUCAGCGACAGAACCGGAUUUUGCAUCAUCGGACGGGUGCAAUGGCCGCGGAGGCCCAGAAAAUUUAUGGGUAGCGUUUGUGCAAACUGUUUUUCGCGAUUGCAAAGUGAGCUAGCCAAAUCAGAAUCAAGAAGUGAACCUAUUGCAGCAAAUAUAAAUGAUAUCUUAGAUACCAUUAUGGAUGACAUUGGAUUUUUCUUUUCUGAUAAAAAUUUGGACCCUCUGGCAAUGCCUGAUAUUAAAGAAGGAUUUAGUGCGAAACCAGCUUUGAUCACGUAUCAUGGAGAAUUGGAGUUAACAAAUGGCACAUUGAGCGAUUUGUCGACUGUUAGCCGCGCAGGAAAUGCGACCUUGCACUAUAACAAUAAAUUACUCAGAUUAUCCUUGGGACUUAAGUUUGAUUCUUUGAAGCUGGAUUACAAAUAUUUAGCAAAAAUUAUGAAUAUUGGUCCUAAAGGCAAUGUAGUGGCAAAGAUUAGAGGAACUGAAAUUUUCUUAGAUGUGAUUGCUGAUCUACACGAUUUUACAAUAUAUCUUCAACAUUUUGAAGUACCACAACUCAAAAAAAUUCGAGUGCACUUAAGAGGCAAUAUUUUGACUGAUUGGCUGGUAAAUGCCCUGUCUAGAGUGACUACAACUAUUUUCAGAGAUGUGAUCCGAAUUGUCGUUGAGAAACAAAUUGCAAAAACCAUUCAGAAUGUUAUUAAUGAAAUUAAUGCUAAAGGUGGAUGUCCGACCGCUGCUUUUAAGAUUAAAUAAAUAAUGCAAUUUCAGCUACAGAUAACAAGUUUUGCAUUUGACAUUUAC